AUGACAUCCCUGAAUCUUAUUAACUUCAGCCCACCCUUCCAAGCUUCAGAACCGAUAAAGAUCUACAUGAAGGCGCUCCGAGGCAUUGAGGCGUACGACCUGAGUCAUCACAAGAACAUCAGUGUAAAGGCCUACCAGUUCAUAAAGCGGCUGUGUCGAAACACCCCCACUGAACGCCUUGGCAUGGGUCGGCAGGGCAUUCAGGAGAUUCGAAACCAAAAGUACUUCCAGGGCUUUGAUUGGGACGGUGUAAGAAAUCAGACACUGCAGUCACCGUUCCAUCCCAAGGUGAACGGGCCAUGUGAUUUCAGCAACUUUGACCAGUUCCCCGUUUCGGACGAUCUGCCACCAGACGAGAUGUCGGGCUGGGACAUCAACUUCUAG